CCGGGAAGUUCUGGAAGCCGAUCCGGGGCAGCUUGGGGCGCGGUCCGCGGGUGGUGGGCGGCCGCUCGGCCGUGCGGCAGGUGGCCGGGGUCCCUCCGGCGAGCACGGGGCGCAGCUCCAGCCCGGCCGGUCUCUGUCAGCUCCUUCCUCGGGCCGGUGGCCAGGAGAGCGUCUGCGCGGGGUAGCAUGCAGCCUCCCGGGAGCAGGCAGUGGAAGGCCGUUCCUUGUAGGGGCCGGGCAGCUGCGGAGAACCCAAGUUUGGGCAUUGCGUGGUCGUUGACGCAGGGCGAGGGGGCCCCGGCCUUCCCGGGAGGAUACGGUACGGUGAAGCCAGUCGAGGCCUCCCUGUGUCCCCCGGUCACCCGCGCUUCGCUGUAUGGUGAGGACCCUGGGCCUGGUGGGCGCCGUGGGGACAGGAUCUGUGUCUGCCGAGCUCUGUCCAGCGCUCGGAGCGGACGAGCCCGCCUCUUCUGUGUAAGCAGGUGCGUGGCUCGGUCACCCGACACGCGCCAAGACAUCAUACUGUCAUUUCAGGUACUGACACAGACCUUCCCUCCAGACACCGCAGGUGCCUCUGUUGUCGCGUGCCCUCCUGCUGCCCGUCUGUGUCUGGUUUCUCCUGCGCUGUGCAGACAGCGGGACUUCUGAUAGACAGGCCUGGGUUCUGGUCCUUGGGCGGUUGGGUUUGAGCCUCAGUUUCCUUAUUGGCUCCUGCAAAGCCAUUGUCAUGAUUCCAAGUGGAGUGAUCUUAGUGUGGUUGGUGACAGCAGCAGUGGCUGUUACGUCCCUGGGUUCCCUGGACUUUUCUUCUCCUUCACUCUUUUCUCCAUUAGGUGUUUGGAGAACUUAUUUCUCCUCUUCUGGUUUCUGGUUCUCUUUCCCUCCCCACCCUGUCUCCCUUCGCUGCCACCUCCUGGCUCCUCUCUUCUCUGGGAUUAAAGUGGGCCCGUUUGCCACCUGCUCUCAGAGCACCUCCCAUGACAUUAGGUGUUGUAGGAGAUUCAUGCUGUCAGCACCUUGAAGGCAGAGGCCAUGUUAGCCCUCAUUUUCUGGCCUAGAGCACAUGGGAGUUACAGGACUUCUCUUCUCCCCCGCCCUGGCAGUUGCCGCUGGGACCUUUCCUCUGGGCUGCCUGAUCAAAGAGGAGGAAGCAGCCAUGUCUGCCGUGGGGACUGCAGCCCCAUACCUGCAUUAUCCUGCCGAUAGUCACAGUGGCCGGGUGAGUUUCCUGGGGACCCAGCUCCCCCCAGAAGUGGCCGCAAUGCCCCGGCUCCUGGGAGACCUGGACAGGGGCACAUUCAGAAAGUUGCUGAAGCUGGUGGUCAGCAGUCUGCAGGGAGAGGACUGCCGGGAGGCUGUGCAGCGCCUCAGGGCUAGUGCAGACCUGUCAGAAGAACGGCUGGGCGUCCUCCUCGCCGGCACAAACACACUGCUCCAGCAGGCCAUCCGGCUGCCCCCAGCCAGCCUGAAGCCCGACGCUUUCCAGGACCAGCUCCAGGAGCUCUGCAUCCCCCAAGACCUGGUUACAGACUUGGCCAGUGUGGUGUUUGGGAGCCAACGGCCUCUCCUCAACUCUGUGGCCAGGCAGCAGGGGGCCUGGCUGCCCCAUGUUUCCCGCUUGUGCUGGAGGGUGGACGUGGCGAUCUCCACCAGUGCCCUGGCACGCUCCCUACAGCCGAGUGUCCUGAUGCAGCUGAAGCUUUCAGACGGCUCGGCACACCGCUUUGAGGUCCCCACGGCCAAGUUCCAAGAGCUGCGGUACAGCGUGGCGCUGGUCCUCAAGGAGAUGGCUGACCUGGAGAAGAGGUGUGAGCUCAAACUGCAGGCCUGACCGAGCUUGCGACCCCAUUGCAGUCAUUGGGGAGAACUGGCUCUGACGGGUGUCCCCAGACAAAGCCUGCCCUUCCAGGAGCCGUUUCUCAGUGACUGUUUGAAUGUAAUCAUGUCAGUGUCUGUUCCGUUGAGAAACCUGGAUCUUCCUUUUUUUUCCUGGAAAUAAAGCAAUUAUAAACUAGUGUCCUCCUGGGUGGGCAUCAGGCGGCACCUUCCCCUA